AUGCCCGAGGCACAACCCUCCGACCCGCCACCACGUCCUGAAGGACACACACCAAAGGCGCCGAAGCCAAAACCAGAGCCAGAGCCAGAGCCCACGCCCAAUGUAGCUGGGGAACCCGCCCCCGCUGCUGAUCAUGAGAAGACUUGUAGGUGUAUGCAAUGCAAUCUCGUCAAGAGACACAAGGGACAAGAACAGCCGUCAGCGACGAAGACGCCUCCGAAGCCCGCUCAAGAUGACGCCAAUACGGACCAAGUCAGAGCGCACGAGGCCUCUUGUACGUGUUCCAUCUGCAAGCUGGUCAGGAAAGACGGCAGUAAACACACGGGAGCCAGAUUCAAUGAGCGUGCACAGAAAGAGAACCUACCGUCUCCAGGCGCUGGCAACACUCCUCGGACAUCUACCGGGACGAAAUCUGGUCAUGGGCCUGCGUGCGCCUGCACGGCGUGCACGCGGACGCGAGCCCAUGAGAAGCAGACGUCGGUUGAGUAUUCGCGAGACGAAACAGCAAGGGCUCUGUGGAACCGCGGUAAAACCGCCCUGUCCUGUGGGCGCACAGAGCAAGCGAUACGGUUCUUCAGCCAGUGCAUCGUGAAAGACCCGAACGCCGCUGCGUUUUUCAGGAGCCGCGGAGAUGCGCAUGCACUGAGGAAGGACCACGCCGCUGCGCUGGCCGACUUCCAGCGCGCUCACGAGCUAUUGAAGGCCGCGUUGCCUAUGACCGCCGCGCCCGUGCUCGUCAAGAUCGCUCGCUGCCGACUAUGCUUGGGGUCGCACGGGCCUGCCAUGUGCGCCAUACGGGAGGCGCUGUCCAUCGACCCUGGCGACGCGGUCGCCCUCGCGCUGAAGAAGCGCCUGUCCGCGAUCGAGAGCAGCGUGGAGGCGUACCAAAACGCGAAGGCGCGCAGGCAGUGGAAGGCGGCGAGGGUGGCAUACGAAGCGUGUGCGAAGGCUUAUAGGGAGGACGGUGGAGUCUUUCCCGUGAUGAUGCGUUGCUGGGAAGUCGAGGCAGACGUUGCGGAGGCGAAAUGGACGGAGGCGUUGGCCAUCGCAAACCUGGCGACGAACCCAAAGUCUGUCGAAGCCCUGUUUAUGCACGCCCUGGUCUUGUUCCUUACGGCCGACCUGGGAGAAGCAUUGAACCAGAUCAAUGCCGCGUUGAAGCUCGAUCCCGACAACGGAGAGGCGAAGACGGCGCGAUCGCGGUUCAAGACCGUUAUGAAAUUCAAGAAAGACGGCAACUCUCGCUUUAAGGCCGGCGACUCGAGCGGUGCGAUCGAAAAGUGGACGAGCGCCCUUAAUCUUGUAGCUGAGAAGGAAGAGGAAGGGCUCGGCGGGCGUAUCCGCGCGAUUCUGCUCCUGAACAGGUCCAAGGCAAGGCUGAAGACUGGGGAUCCGACCGACGCGCUGAAAGACGUGAAUGCAGCCGGGAAGCUGGAUCCGGACAACGUCAAGAUCACCGUCACCCGUGGCCGCAUAUACGUCGGACUGGAGCUGUUUGAGUCUGCCGUACAGGAGUUCAAGGCGGCCUUACAAGCGGAUGCGACGCAGCUAGGUGUGGCGGAUAGAUGGACGGUGCAGAGCGAGUUGGAUGACGCGGAGCAGCGCGGCGCGCAGGAAGGAAACAAGAUGAAAGAUUGGUAUGAGAUCUUAGGUGUUGACUGGGGCUGCACGACAGCGGAUAUCCGCAAGGCGUACCUGGUACAAUCUCUGAAGCACCAUCCGGACAAGGGAGGAGUCGCAGAGAAGUUCAGACUGGUCACGGAGGCCUACACUACUUUGUCAGACCCUGACGAAAGGCGUAGAUAUGAUGACAACAUCUGGGAAGUAGACGAGUUUUUCUACUCUGCGCGCUCCGGAGAUCCUGAAACUGACGCGCACAAGAUCGCGCGGUGGGGCUCAUUGGGCGGUUCUUCCUUGUUGUUUAUCCACGGGUCUAACUACUGUUCUCACUGUAUACACUUCGACAUUCCGUGA